CCACAGUUCCUGGUUUCUCUUCAUAUGCUGCAGUUUAAAGGUUUCUCUUUAGACAGUUUCUCCAUCGCAGAGUGUCGGUGCUGGAUGUGAGGAUGGGGCACACUUUCCUCUGUGUGCUGGAAUGUUUUUUGCUGAAUAUCCUUCUCCACUGUGGACAUUCUCAAGAUUCUCUGCUAACCAUUGAGCCAAACUGGUCCACUUUAUUUACUGGAGAGUCUGUGACCUUCAUAUGUGACAUGGGGGAAGGAAAAGACACUGACUGGUAUUACAGAAUGAACAAGGAUGGUCGAGAAUUUCUCCACAACAACACAAAUAAGAACUACACAUUACAACCACUAGAUACAGGCCACAGUGGUGAAUACCAGUGCUUUGGAAGUCCCAAGGUCUCAACACAUUUUAUUAAACGAAGUAACAAUGUCUCUCUAACUGUAUCAGCACGCAGACCAAAGGCUGAACUGAGCAAAAAGAAAACAGUCAGUCCAGCAGGGGGCAGUGUGACCCUGAGCUGCUCUGUGAACCCGUCAUCUGGUUGGAAAUACUUCUGGUACAGAGGAGAGAAAACCUCUGAACCUCUGAACACACAAGAUGCUGUCUUCAUCUCAAAUGGACAAAUCAGUGUCUCACAGGGAGGACUCUACUGGUGCAGAGGAGGAAGAGGAGACCCAGUUUACUACACAGAGCACAGUAAUGCAAUCGUCACAAACAGGGCUGUUGUGACUCUGCAACCAAACUGGUCUGAGAUAUACUCAGGAGAGACGAUCAGUCUGAGAUGUGAGAUCAAGGACGGAGGAGACACUGAGUGGGAGUAUGAAUGGAAAACAUCCAGCUCAUACAAACCUCAAAAACAGCAUGAAUACAUCAUCGGAAAUGCUUCAUCACAUAACGGAGAGUACAGUUGUAGAGGCAAACCAAAAAGUGAGAAGUCUUCAACAGAGUGGAGUGAUGCUUUCACAUUGAAACUAUCUGACAAGCCCCAGCCUGUCCUCACUGUGUCUCCAUUCUGGCUGAGUCCUGGAGCCUCAGUAACUCUGAGCUGUAGUGUUAAAGAUCCAUCUGCAGGAUGGAGGUUCUUCUGGUAUAAGGCUGUUCCCAAACUAUCAGGCAACUCCUACAGCUAUAAGCUGCUACCUGGCAGCAGCAACGGGACUGAACAGGAUUCCUACAUUGUUCAUGGACAGACACACACAGCAGGAUAUAAGUGCAGAGCUGGAAGAGGAGAUCCAGUGUAUUACACUGACGGGAGCAAACCAAAAUUUGUCUGGUCUGGAGAUUUUCAUCCAGCAGCGUCUCUCACAGUGAGUCCUGACAGAGUGCAGCACUUCACUGAAGAGUCCGUGUCACUGAGCUGUGAAGGAAACUCUACUAAGUGGAGAGUGAGGAGGUUUUCUAAAUUUGGCCACCUGACACACUGUUCUUCCUGGGGGACAAUGACUGGAUCCACAUGCAACACCAAUAAAUCCCAGUACACAGAUGGAGUGUACUGGUGUGAGUCUGAAACAGGACAGUUCAGCAAUGCAGUCAACAUCACUGGGCAGAACAGUGAUUUGAUCCUGGUGAGCCCUGUCCAUCCUGUGGCUGAGGGAGAUUCUGUUACACUCGGCUGCAAGUUGAAGACAGAAAAUGUUCUUUCUAAUGUAAAUUUCUAUAAAAAUGAUAAACUCAUCCAAAGUGAUACCAGAGGGGAGCUGACUAUUCCUGCAGUAUCAAAGUCAGAUGAAGGCUUUUAUAAAUGUGAAGGAAAAUAUUCACCACAUCAGGGGAGUCGAUCAUCACCAAAGAGCUGGAUCUCAGUAAAAUCAGCAUCCAGAUCAGCAUUUCCUGUGCUGUUGAUCGUUGGGCUGGUUGUUGGUAUCUUACUGAUUGUUCCCUUGGCUCUGCUGUUGUGUUUGUACAAACAGUCAAAGGAUACAUGUUUUCACAGGCUCAUCCAGUCUCAGAGAACCAAUCAGAGCUCUGCUACAGUCCACACUGUCAACCAAUAUGAAAGUCUGCAGCAAGUAUACUCCACUCUUCACCAUGGUGAUGUUUGUGUCUAUGAAACAAUCAGUGGCUCUGGAAACACUGGAAGUGGUGAAGGAGUAGAUGAAUACAUAAAUGUGAGUUCUGAGAUUCAGCUUGAAGGUCUUGGAAAUAUGAGUAUAAGUGAUGAUCCAGUGGAGAGCUCUGACUUCUAUAACGCGAAUCCAGAUUCAACUGAAGGUCCAUAAAGAGAAAUGCAUUAUCAAGAAAUGAGACAAGCAAAGACAACAACAUGAAAAAUGUGAAAAAAUUUCUAAAUGUGUUGACUGCAAUUAUACAGCUGAUGCCAUGCAAACAUCAUUUAACAUGAGAUCAUAUGAAAGAACUACAAUUCUAAUAUGUUGGGUUUAAUUCCCUGUAGAAUUUGUUUCUGUAUAUAUACUGAUGUAUGUUUUUAUUGCAAUUAUUUAGUUAUUCUGUAGGUGUGAUGGCAUAGGUCUAUAUAUGUGUCUUUUCAUGUCAGCAUGGAGUUCAGCAGGGUGGUUUGUUGUCUACAGUCUUUUUAAACUUCCAGUUAAAUGUUUGUAACUGAAGUAGCAUUUUUGGUAAUGUUAUUUUGUCCCUGCAGUUCUGGGCUUCAUCACUGAGUAUAUUCACAUACUGUGUGUGCACUGCACUCAUCUCUGCAGCUCACUUCAUCUGCUGUUAGAGACAUAAUCUAUCUAGAUGAGUAGCCUAUAUGUUGGUACAAAUUGACACAAUGUUUUGACACAAGAGAAUAAAUAAUUUGAUGUAUUAUAGUUAAUGCCGAAUUUUUAAGAAGCCAUGAUAAUUAAGAAUUUGUUGUAGACAGCUUUGCACAAAGUUUAUGAAGUUUCUCCCAACUCACAAAACUGAAAAAAAAAUUAAGGGAAUCUGGAGUAUAUUGCCGUUAUGGAUUACUGUAUUUGUAAAAUUUGACAUAUUUACUGUCAAUAAAAUGUUUUCUUCUUUCGUAAA